AUGCUUCCUUUCAGUCAGUCCACUUCUCGUUUGGAAUUAGCCACAAACGCUGGAAGAAAACCAGAAAGACUCAGUCGAAUUCCUGAACAUUCUACUGUAAGGCGGCCAUGCUCAAGUGAGGGUCGUUUCUCAAUCAUUGACUCAAAAUUCAAAACCAAUUCGAGCAGCGAUGAGGAUGAAAUGGUGACAUUGAACUCAAAAACCGUCGGACAUUCCCCAUCGUCAAGAGCGAAAACUCCAAUCAUUCCCCUUCAUAGCUGCCUUUCACCAAACAAAUCAAAGGAUUUUUCUCCUCCGCUAAACGAUUUAAAGAUAAAGAAAACAGUUGAUUUUUCACUUUCAAACUCGCCAACUAUGGUUACUGGCAGUCGAUUUAGAAUAGUGCCAGUAGAAAGUCGUUACAAAAGAGGUAGAUGGUCUUGCCAUGAUUAUUACGACCCGUCAGAACCUGUGAAAAAUGGAGGAGGGAGGAGUUGCCCACCAACACCACUGUCAAGACCUGAUCACUCGAUUGGAUUGAAUCAUCCAAAGACGGCUCCGCACGACAAGAGCACCGCAUUUGUGUUUGAUCACAAAGAGAACAGCAAAAGCUUUUCACAGACGACGCCGAAUUUUUCGCGUCCAAAUGGUCGUCCAAUUGAGAGGAAACAAGCCACCGCCACUCCACUCAACAACACACAAAGAGAUAAAGAUGGAAAGUACACACCAUCAGAAGUUCUACAAAGCGGUCUUGAAAACACACUCGAUUUGGCACACAACAAAAAGGAUAACAAAAUCAGUACAUCGUCAGCGAAUGCGACCGCCUCCACACCACCGAUGGUAGCAAUUGAUUCCAAAAUCGAACAAGCUAUGGAUCUGGUGAAGACUCAUUUGAUGUUCGCUGUUCGAGAAGAAGUUGAAGUGUUGAGAGCAAGGAUAGUGGAUUUGGAAGGGCAUGUGCACCACCUCGAGGCGGAAAACAAUGUGUUGAGGUCUCAUGUGCCUGAUGAUGUUUUAAAGAAAAUGAAUUUACAU